CAUAUUUGUUGGACACCCUCUGCGACGCGGAAGAAGGAAAGCCGGUCGCUCACGUGCCACACGCCGAGGUCAGGUUAACCCAGCCGGGAAAAUGUACUAUAAAUUCAGCGGUUUCACACAGAGGCUGACCGGGUCUGGGUCUUCUACUGCCUACUGCCCACAGGGUUUAGGGACAAGUGUACCCUCUGAAACUUCUACAUUGAUCUUUUCUACACCAACCAAACUGAUGUCUGAGUCCAAAGCUCCUCUGGAGUACAUGGGUGCCAACAGAGUUCCAGAUCUCCAGAGGAUAUUUCAGGCUUCAGAUGGGAUCCCCGUGCACCUAAAACGUGGUAUUCCUGACCGGCUCCUGUACAGGACCACCAUGGCUUUGACUGUCGGAGGUGCUCUGUACUGUUUGGUGGCUCUUUACAUAGCAGCACAGCCAAAGAAUAAGUGAGGGUUAACCAGCGUGUUUGCACGUCCUCACAUUGGUAUUUGUGAACUUUAAGAGAGACUUUAAUGUGCACCUGGAUAUAUUUAUCAUCGUGUGACAAAUGGCAGUUCUGUGGGAAGAUUCUGGGGAGGACUCUGAACUUCUUCUGACCUUAUUUACUGUGAACAAUCCUGCUAUACUGGUCUUCUCCAGUUAAUACAAAGGGACAAAUGGUUAGCUUCUCAAGCAGCAAUACAUGUGUGUUGGUGAGAAUGGGGAAUUUAGUUCAGAUUUAAUUUAAAUAAGUUUGAGUAUGAGAAGGCUUCCUGUGUAGAUAGAUCUUAGAUAGAUCACUUAAUUGAUCCUAGAGAGAAAUUCAAAAUUACUUUACAGUGAAGGCUAUAAAGUUUUUCUUUGUAUUUAAAAUAUUAUUCACACACUGGUCACGCAUACAACCUGGACUACAUUAAAGAUAGAGUUAUGUGGUGGUGUCAGUGAUUGAGUCUGUUUUGAAAAUGAGAUCUGAAACAUCUGACGAAUGAAAAAAAUGGAGGAAACUGUAUCUUGCAGCUAUUUUAAUCGCUUUUGCAUUUUAAUGCAACCGGUCUCUGCUCUGUAAAUCAGUUCAAAAUAAAUGGGUAUUUAUAUGGUAAGUUACUGCCGUGAGUGCUAGAGAGGUGAGUCGGGUACAGCACAGCACUUUCUUGUGAACUGAAUAAUGUUUGAUACAUUUUUAAUACAAAUGUCUUUAAUUAAAAAUGUGUUCUUUUAAAUAAUGA